CAUAUCAAUUUUUAAUUAAAUAUUUGUUGCUUGUGUAAUACUCGUACGUGGUGAGUUCGCAGGUUUAGAAGCUUUUAAAAACAACGCAAACAACAAGUGUGUUGAAAGCAUUAACGACCUAACUUAUUUAGUGCUGUACUGUUAAUUUAUUGCCUUUUUAUCGUUAAUUGUUUGAUGGUGGUAAAAAAAGUAAAAGCCAAACUGCAAAGCUGGGACCUUUUCGAAAUACAAACAAAGCACUGCUUCUCGUUUAGUUGUGGUUGUCGUGGUAGUCUGUUGGUUGGUAAUCGCGAAAUAAGCAGCGUAUAUAUGAGUGUCGUGUGUCGUUGGGUAUUCGUUAGUAUUUUUAAUAUAAUUUUGUAUGUUACAAGUGCAACUGUUCGAAACUUAAAAAAUCAAAAUGUUUAGAUAAUUUUAAACAUAAAAAAUAUUAAUGAAUAUUAAUGAAGAAGCCCAUUCUCAAUCGUAUUAAAGCUAAUUAUUAAGACUUAGAUGCUACGUAUUGAGAUGGCAUAAGUGCAGAACCACUUACAUGUUAUAAUUUUAUCAAUAAACGCACUUAUUUGUGUCACAUCAAGAUGGCAGAGUCCGGAAUAGAUAUGGACUUUGAUUAUGACAUUGAGUACAAUGAUUUGAUGACAGAGGAUAAUUUUAAUUUUUUAUCUCCAGUGUUAGCUGGGCUUAAUACGGAUAAUGUUGAGUUCUAUGAGUUGAAGUCAACUCCAAGCCAAAUUAAUUCAAAUGAGAUACCAACUUUUAAAACGAUAACUCCUACUUCCCGAACACAACUUAAAUUGCAAUUACAGCGAGAACAACAGCAACAGGAGUUGGAACGUCGUGAUACUGAAAAAAAGGCUGCCGCUGCUGCUGUUGCUUUACAACAGCAUAUGCGCCAGCCACAUUCAAAUGAAAGUCACCUAAUUCCUGAGAAUGUGUUAUCGCAACAAUGCCUAAAUCGAAAUAGUAUCGAAAACUUUUGUAAUACAAGUUCUAAUCCUAAUGCUAACCAAACUAACACCAACAAUGGGAACACAUGCAAUCAUAACCACAGUAAUUCCAAUAGCGGCAACAUUAACGAUGUAGUGCACAUGAUGCAAAAUAGUCCCUGUAUUGGAGUUGAUGUUCCACCACAAGUUUUUCAUGUUUCAACAGUUUUGGAAAAUCCUACCCGUUAUCAUGUUAUUCAAAAGCAAAAGAAUCAAGUGCGCCAGUACUUAAGUGAAUCUUUUAAACAAAAUAAGUGGGAUAGAAUUAUUUUUGAGAACAACGAAGCAGCAUCAUCUCCCAUCGCUAGCCAAAGUAAUUCAACUUUUAAUAAUACUAAUAACAAUAACAGCAAUGGUUUUAGUGAAGAAUCUGGUGUUUCGGCAAAAAAACAGGGACAGUUUUUUUUGUCAUGUAGUGGCGAUAAAAGCUCUCUUCAAAGCUAUAGACCAGAUAAUAUAUUUAUUAAAAAUAACUCAUUUGGUGGAGGCAGCGGUACGAUGGGGCAGAGUGGAAAUCUUAGUGCGACAACUACGAUAUCUGCAAGUACUCGAUCUGCCACAGGUUUAAUAAUGCGAAAUAGUCCAAUACUUUCUGCUCCAAUGUCACCAAGUAUUAGUUCAGUUGCAACAAGUAAUUCUGAGGCUGAUGAUUUAUUCGAAGAUAUCUUGCAAAUAGACUCAAAUAAUUUAAAUGAUUCACUAAGAUUUGAUCAGAACUUUUCAAGCGAUUUGUCAAUAAAACAAGAGCCUCAAUCUCUCAGUGAAGCGGAAAUGCAUGCUUUGGCCAAGGAUCGCCAAAAGAAGGAUAAUCACAAUAUGAUUGAAAGACGUCGUCGUUUUAAUAUUAAUGAUCGCAUAAAAGAACUAGGUACUCUCUUGCCAAAAACAAAUGAUCCGUAUUAUGAGGUAGUGCGAGAUAUUCGUCCUAAUAAGGGCACAAUUCUUAAAUCCUCUGUGGAAUUUAUAAAAAUUUUAAAGCAUGAGGUAUCGCGACUUAAACAAAGCGAAUACCGACAGAGGCAAAUGGAGGUACAGAACCGACGUCUGUUAAAUAGAAUUAAGGAAUUAGAGAUGCAAGCAAAAUCACAUGGAAUAGCACUAACUGAUUUUAACUUAUCGUCUGCUUCAGCUCCCACACCAAUAACAUCUUAUCUUAAUAAUGCUACUUCGUCUACACCAGCACAUAAUAAUAGAUCGACUCCAUUAAUAGCUGAUAUUAUCGAUAAGCUGCCAGUUAUCGGAAGUGAGACAAAUAUUAGUAUUAAUCAAAUGGAUGAGCUUAUGGAAGAAAACAAAAACCCAGUUCAGGGCAACGAUCCAAUGUUGUCGUUACAACAUGGUACUAAUUUAUUAUCUGCGUCACAUUCACCAACAUCACAUACGUGUAAUGUUACAUUGCCUACUAAACAAUGCCUACAUAAUCACAAUGUGCCAAAUUCUUCCAAUGGUUUGUAUCAAGAAAAUUCUUCAACUACGUCAUCUGAUACUUCAGCUUACUUAAAGGGCAGUGAAUGUUGUAACAAAUGUAAUAUUCUCAAAAGCACACAGAUACAACACAACGAUCAUCAUCACUGCCAACAACAAUGCAUGCAAAAUUGCUUUCAUAUUAUAGAAAACUGCAAUAGCAACAAAAUGCAGCCAACAUCACCAACAACUUUACAGCAUGGACGUGACCCCUUAUUGUCUGCCUCUUCGCAUUUGGACACAUUAGAAAAAAAUCAACUACAUCACCCCAACGUAGUGGAUCUUGAUGCUACGAUUCUUAAUGAUUCUUUGUCCUUGGUGACCGCUUCUCACGGUGAAUCAAUAUUUUCAGAUUCAUUAGAUAUUGACAUACCAUGAUAAUAGCAGUCAAAAUUACUAUUACUUACUCAAUUUAGUCAGGACUAUGUUAUGCAGACAAUCAUAUGACGAAUGGUUACGGCAGUAUACGUGCCCAUCUCAGCAUGUUGCAUAGAUAAAUUAGAGUUAUUGGUUUCGUACUAUUAGUAUUAUUUUGAUUUGUGUAUAUUGGUUGCUCCUCAAUUUAAAAUGUUAAUUUUCUUAAGUAAAAAUAUACAUACUUGCUUAAGAGGCGUAAAUUCUGACAUUUAUUACUGCACAUUAAGCCUCGUCACUGUGACCAAAGUUUAAUUGAAAUUGGUCUCUUGCUCUUAUACUCAAAUUACUCUUCAAAUUUCACAUUUGUCGUGAUCAUGACUGUCUGCAUAACAUGGUCCCUAAGACUUACACAACAAGUCCCUAAGACUUGUUUACAUAUGGAUUUUCAAAGUAGAUCAAAUUGUUUGUUAAAAGUGUUCGAUCCUAAUAAUAUCAGAGGUAACUAAAUCAUAUAUCUUAACUAGUAUAUAUUUUUUUUUAUUUGACAAACUGUUAUAAUUUUUUUUGCCUUUUGCAUCUUUCACAUACUCGUAACCCGUGUAAAAGACACGGAAAGACAAUAUUACACGUUGACAUGUAAAGUUAAUUGUUGAAUUCCGCAAAAAAUUAUUUUUUUUUUGUUUUGCGUUUGUUUAAAUAAUGAAUUGCACUUGUCUGAAUAAUUGUAAAUUGUCUUCUAUUUUGAUUUUGGGUUCGCUCUUGUUUGAAUUUUAUUUUAUUUAUUACAUGUUAUAAAUUAAAUUUUCUCAAUAGUCUCAAUAAGUAUCUUAUGCCUUGAUUAAAAUUUUCAAAAUGUUUGUAGUUUUGAGUUCAGGUGUGAAAACGUUAUACAAGGAUACGUGCCUACGUUAAAAUAAUUGGUCUGUUCUGCGAGCUACUCGCUACUGUGUAUACACAAAUGUGUUCCACCACCAAAUUUUCGUGUAUUUUCGUGUAAAUUUUACUUGUGUUUUACUUGAGUUUUACUACGAGUAGCUCGUGGAACAUACCUAAUGAAAAAAUUGGAUCUUUUAUCUUUUAAACUCUUUUAAAACAGCUUCUCUACCUCUCUAUUUUAGAUAUUUAGGGUUAUGUCACAAAAUUUAUGUACCAUAUAUUCACUUGUGGGUUUUGGGACCAAAUAAAAUUAAUUAAUGCGAUAAAUUGUUUUCAAUAUAGAUUAUUAGUUUAGUUUAUUUGCUAUUAAUUAAUGUGAUACAUUUUUUUCAUACUGUAUUGCAUUACAAGAGAAGUUAUUAUCAAAACACUGUUCAAUAUAUAUAUAUAUAUAUAUAUUUGUAGCAUAAUAGUUAUAAAAUCAAACAUCUUAUGAAUAUGUAGGAAGCGCAUUAACCCAUUUAUAGUCGAUUUGUUAG